AUGGCCACCAAGGUGAGGGGCGCGCGGCGCAGGCCCCGGCGGCCCCUCGGCCCCGGGCGGCGCGGGCUGGGUCGGGGCCGGGGACGCGGAGGAGGCGGAGGGGCCGGCUCCGGGGUCCCCCAAACCCCGGGCUCGGGUCGCGCGGGGCGAGAGCGUUCGGGACCCGGCUGGAGGUGCGGGAGGGUCGCGGGGCGGGACCCCGGGCGGGAGCGGCGCCGCCUGCAAAGUUUGCGCCGGGGCUCGGGCUCGGGCUGCGGGCCGGGCCGAGGGAGGGAAAGUUCCCGCAGCCCCCGCUCGCUGCGAGCAGCCGCCCCGGGCCCCCGCGGGACCGCGAUCACGUCCCCAGCGGUGUCCACUCCGCACAGCCCCGCACGUCCGGCCGCCGCGGACAGGCGCGUCCCCUCGGUCGGCCGGGGCUGCGACCCCCACACGCCGGCGGGUUUGGGGGCCCGACCCCCCGCCGGCGAGGACCGGACGUCUGCAGUUCAGGCCCAGCUCCGGGGGACGGAGCCUCGGGUGAUGUAUGUCGCCGCGGAGCCUGGGAAUAAUGAACUGACGGUCAGCGAAGAGGUCAUCACAAUCACAAACCCGGAUGUUGGCGGAGGCUGGCUGGAAGGAAGAAACAGCAGAGGGGAGCGAGGCCUGGUGCCCACGGACUAUGUGGAAAUUUUACCCAGUGAUGGGAAAGACCCAUUUUCCUGUGGAAAUUCAGUGGCUGACCAAGCCUUCCUCGAUUCUCUCUCAGCGAGUGCAGCUCACACUAAUUCAUCAGCCGCCAACAGCAACAACCAGGUCGGCAGUGGCAGUGACCCCUGGUCAAGCUGGAGUACUCCCAAACCUGGAAACUGGGACAGCACGGAUGGCUGGGGGGCCAAGGCGGAGGGGACGGCAGCCCCAAGAAGCACCGCCAAUAACUGGGACAAUGCCUUCGGUCACCCCCAGGCCUACCCGGGACCAGCCACUGGGGACGAUGACGACUGGGACGAAGACUGGGACGACCCCAAGUCGUCCUCUCCCUACUUCAAGGACUCCGAGGCGGCCGAAGCAGGCGGCGCCCAGCGCGGGAACAGCCGGCCUGGCUCCUCGUCCAUGAAGCUGCCGCUCAACAAGUUUCCUGGAUUUGCAAAACCUGGGAUGGAACAGUAUUUGUUGGCUAAGCAACUAGCAAAACCCAAAGAGAAAAUUCCUAUCAUUGUCGGAGACUACGGCCCGAUGUGGGUUUACCCUACCUCCACCUUCGACUGCGUGGUCGCGGACCCCCGGAAGGGCUCCAAGAUGUACGGGCUGAAGAGCUACAUCGAGUACCAGCUGACGCCCACGAACACGAACCGAUCUGUAAACCACAGGUACAAGCACUUCGACUGGUUGUACGAACGUCUCCUGGUUAAGUUCGGGUCGGCCAUCCCCAUCCCUUCUCUUCCAGACAAGCAGGUCACAGGUCGCUUUGAGGAAGAGUUCAUCAAGAUGCGCAUGGAGCGGCUGCAGGCCUGGAUGACCAGGAUGUGCCGCCACCCGGUGGUGUCGGAAAGCGAGGUUUUCCAGCAGUUCCUAAAUUUCCGGGAUGAAAAGGAAUGGAAGACUGGGAAGAGGAAGGCGGAGAAGGAUGAGCUGGUGGGCGUCAUGAUAUUCUCCACCAUGGAGCCAGAGGCCCCCGACUUGGACCUGACGGAAAUAGAGCAGAAGUGCGACGCCGUCAGCAAGUUCACCAAGGCCAUGGACGACGGUGUGAAGGAGCUGCUGACCGUGGGGCAGGAGCACUGGAAGCGCUGCACAGGCCCGUUGCCCAAGGAGUACCAGAAGAUCGGCAAGGCCCUGCAGAGCCUGGCCACGGUGUUCAGCUCCAGCGGCUACCAAGGUGAAACGGAUCUCAACAACGCGAUAACGGAAGCGGGGAAGACUUACGAAGAGAUCGCCAGCCUCGUGGCAGAACAGCCGAAGAAAGACCUGCACUUCCUCAUGGAGUGCAACCACGAGUACAAGGGCUUCCUCGGCUGCUUCCCCGACAUCGUCGGCGCGCACAAGGGAGCAAUAGAAAAAGUGAAAGAAAGUGAUAAGUUGGUGGCAACCAGCAAGAUCACCCCCCAGGACAAGCAGAACAUGGUGAAGCGUGUCGGCACGAUGUCCUACGCGCUGCAAGCCGAGAUGAACCACUUCCAUAGCAACCGGAUCUACGACUACAACAGCGUCAUCCGCCUGUACCUGGAGCAGCAGGUGCAGUUCUACGAGACGAUUGCAGAGAAGCUGAGGCAGGCCCUCGGCCGCUUCCCGGUCAUGUAGAGCAGACGGACCGCGA